UUGUGGAAACUAUUCGACCAAGAAACGUGCGUUCCUGGGCAUACGCUACUAUUCAUUUCCCAAGGAUGAGGCACUACGAGCAAAGUGGAUUCGAUGCUGUGGACGGGACGAUAAUUUUAACGCUGACCAGGCCAGAAUUUGUUCCGAUCACUUUGGCGACGGCGAUUGGCUGAUGAAAGAUAUUUUGCUGAAUGUACCGAAAAAUAAGCGAAAGCUGAAAUUGACGGCCAUACCAUCGAUCAAUGUACCAGUGCAGCCGGAUGCGGAUGAAGAAAAAGAUGGCAGUGUGUCCAGCAGACAGCAGCAGCUGGUCCGUGAAGCAUUGGAGGAAUACGAACGAGAAACCGGUGAAUCGGGGAAUUUAAUUGGUGCACAGUGCGCAAGACGAUCGAAGCUGUUCUCCGAGAUACUAACCGAAUCCCCGCCUUCGAAUGAUGAACCAACGUUCCGGAAAGCAUGCCCACUUUGUUUAUCAGCCCACGACGCUGACGAACUCAAUGCAUCGAUGGUCAGUGACGAACUGCAGCGCAAACUGAGACAGGUGUUUCCGUUUACGAUUCAUCUUGACAGUGUCCAGUGCGUAAUAUGCAAAGAUUGCCUGGAACGGAUCAAUGAUUUCUACCUCUUCGCGGAACGGGUUCGUCGCAAUCAAUCGACUCUGCAAGCACAACAGUUGACCAUCAGCCGUGUGCAAGAAGAUAAUCUUAAUCUCCUACACCAAGCGAAUGUGAUAGAAAUCGGCGAUGCGGAAUACCAUGAUGCAGUUCAAAGUGGCAAAAGCAGACAGGCCAAUCCACGGAAGGAAUCCACACAGGAACUCGCACAAAGCAAGCUGAUUGACGAGUUCUAUCGUAUGGAGUGCACAAUAUGUAACCAGCGGAUAGAGGGUUGGUCGAAACUGAGGCUCCACUACCGGAAUCGCCAUCGCAGGGAUGCGUGGGUAACCUGCUGCAAUCGAAAACUCACUCAACGUUCGAUGUUACUGGAUCACAUUGCCAUCCACAUGGGACUAACGCCAUUCGCCUGCGAGCAAUGCAAGCGCCGUUUCCGCCACGCCAACUCGCUUAAAGUGCACCGCCAGAAGGCGCACAGCGUCUAUCGACCGUUCCGUUGCACCCAGUGCCCAAAGGCAUACAGCACCCGGAUGCUGCUGAAGCAACACGAAGCGUAUCACGUGCGCGUGAAAUGUGCAAAGUGUGACAGAAUCCUGGCAAACGUCAACUCCCUGCGUUGCCACAUGAUCUACCGGCAUGCGCGUGAGGAAGCGCUUGUUUGUGACCUGUGUGGUCGGACACUGGGAACGCGCCAUGCACUAAAGCAACACUUGAUGUAUCACCAUGGCAGCAAAGAGCAAUGUGCUGCCUGUGGCCGUUGGUACAGCCAGAAGACGAUCAAAGGGCAUCGAUUGGCGCACGAGUGGGUUGGCGAGCGGUACCGGUGCGCGCACUGUCAGCGUUCCUUUCUGAGCGUCGAAUUUUUGAAGGCCCACAAGUUGCACGAACAUGGCCUAUCGCGGUACGAGUGUGAGCUGUGCGGUAAACGGUACAAGUACAGUAUCGGACUCAAGCAACACAUUGCGACACACGCGGGCGUCCGAUUGUACGCGUGUCCGCAGUGUGAGUUCACGACCAACAAUAAGGGUAACAUUUAUACGCAUCGCAAACGCAAGCACGCGGAUGUUACCGGCGAGUCGAGCCAGCACGGCGUGUCUGCGAUUGAAGAACCGAGCCUACAGACAGCCACAGUUCCUACGAGCUGCAGGGACGAAACUAUUCUCUUGGACGCUGGCGCGCUCUUGGAUAAUGAUUCACUCGGUAUCGGGGGGAUGCAGUUGGUGCAGCUGCAGGAUGUGGCCCUCGGGCAUCCACUAGCAGAGGGCCAAGUUAUUGAAAUAGAAGGGCACCAUUUGUUGCGUAGCGAGAAACUCGAAAAAAGGGCCAAAGAAGGGCGGUACUCAAAAAAUCAAAUAACUUUUGAAAUAAGUUAUGUCGACGGAACGGAGGUGUUUCUCCAGGGUGACGAGCUGCAGUUUCCCACCUUCUAG